AUGACAAAAAAACAAAGCGAGUUCAGUGUGAUAGCGCCAGCGUCUAUUCACAGCAAUAAGUAUGAAACUCCAAUACCAAACCGUGAAAACAGUCAGUUCUAUCCUGGUGAUCGUAUCUAUGACAAUGAAAAGGCAGAAAGCACUAUAUCCGAUGAACAAAUCGAGCAUGUCCCUGAAGGAACUGGUUCCCCCGGCAAAGCUCUUUUUAUGCUUUUAAAGGCCUUUGUAGGUACUGGUGUUAUUUUCUUACCAGGAUCAUUUGUAUCUGGUGGUCUUGUAUUUUCAAUCUGUCUCAUGAUCUUUGUUGCACUUGUUUGUUUGGCAGCUUUCCAAAUUCUAGUCAAGGCACAACAAACAGUAGGUGGAUCUUAUGGUGAUGUUGCACAGGCUCUUUACGGCUCUUGGCUUCGUUACAUUAUUCAAUUCUUCUUGUGUCUUUCACAAAUGGGUUUUGUUGCCUCCUAUCUUAUCUUUAUUUCUGAAAAUAUUGGUAUCGCUGCUGAUACCUUAUCGAACUGCAGCUCCCCAAUUGAAAGCAAGUACUAUAUUUGGAUGGUCUUGGCAGUCAUUAUUCCCAUCUGCUGGGUUCGUAAAAUUGCAAAGCUGUCUUGGCUUGCUGUUGUAGCUGAUAUCUUUAUUCUUUUUGGUCUUGUUUGUGUCAUUUACUUUUGCUCCGACGAGAUUGCUAGAAAUGGUCCUGGUCCUAAUAUUCGUAUGAUUAACCCGAAUGACUUUGCAUUGAUGAUUGGUACAGCCGUCUUCUCUUUUGAAGGUAUCGGUAUGGUUAUCCCCGUAAUCGAAGGUAUGAAGGAGCCUGAAAAGUUUCCCCGUGUUUUAAACAUCGGCAUGCUGAUCGUUACCUUGAUCUUUAUCUUGAUUGGUAUCAUUGGCUACGUUGCCUUUGGAGAGAACACUCAAGCAAGUGUAGUUGCCAAUUUACCCAAGGUCCCACUCUCUGUUACUGUCCAGCUAUUAUAUUCUUUGGCCAUGAUUUUAACUUCCCCAUUCAUGUUAUACCCCCCCUUGCAAAUCAUUGAGCAGGGCGUUUUUGGUCCUAACCGAAGUGGUCGUGUCAAUAAGCGUUUUAAGUGGUUGAAAAAUUUAAGUCGGUCCAUCGUUCCUUUAGUUUGUGCUGCUGUCAGUUUUGGAGUAGGAGCUGCCAACCUGGAUAAGUUUGUUGCUCUUGUAGGCUCUAUUGCUUGUAUGCCCCUCUGUUUUAUUUUCCCUGGCAUGUUCCACUUUAAGGUCACCACUAAGAAAUGGGCCAAGGUUUGGGAUGUCAUCCUUGCCAUUUUCGGUGUCGGCAUCACCAUCUAUACUCUUUAUGUAAAUAUCAAUUCUUGGAUUACUCCAUCCUCCUCUGGCUCGGCUCCUGCUGCUGAGUGUGUUCCUUUAGCGACAUAG